GAUUUGAGGACACAGCUCUAAAAAGAGGCAAAAUGAUAAGGAAGAAAAUUCAUGGUUCCUGUCUCUGCAACUCACAUGCUAUCUACCAUCUUUUUCGUCUUGUGUUCUGUCCUGUAUUGCUCUGCUAGAGAUACCAUCACACCGGAGGACUGGCUUAGUAAUGAUGGAGAAACUGUUGUUUCUGCAGGCAAAACUUUUGAACUUGGCUUCUUUAAUCCAGGUGGAAGCUCCAAGAUUGGAAGAUUCGUGGGCAUAUGGUAUUACAGGUCGAAACCACAAAGAGUUGUAUGGGUGGCCAACCGAAAGAACCCCCUUCCCCUUUCUGACACCCCCUCUGGAGUUUUUGCCAUUAAAGAAGAUGGUCAGCUCAAGGUAUUGGAUGCAAAUGGGACAGUUCACUGGCAUUCUGAUAUUGAAACAUCUUUAUCUACAGGGAGGGUGGUGAAGCUCAUGGACUCUGGGAACCUUGUUUUGAGCUACAACAGAUCGGGGAAGAUUCUUUGGGAGAGCUUCCAUAAUCCUACAGAUACUUUUCUUCCGGGGAUGAAGAUGGAUGAAACCUUAACAUUGACUUCAUGGCUGAGUUCUGUUGACCCGGCACCUGGAAACUAUACUUUCAAGAUAGAUCAAGACAAUAAGGAUCAUUAUAACAUAUGGGAAAGUUCAAUUGUCCCAUAUUGGAGCAGUGAGGACUCGAAAGGAACGCCUGAUGAAAUUCCAGAUGCAAUACUCAGCUUGUUAUCCAACCUCAGCAAGAAUGGUAAGCCAACCAGCUAUAUAAAAUUCUUCAAUGGAACCCUUGAAAUACUGUCCCGCAGGUAUAAGAAUACCACGCGGUUGGUGAUGAAUUCUUCAGGGGAAAUCCAGUACUAUCUGAAUCCGAAUACAUCAUCUCCAGACUGGUGGGCACCUCGAGAUCGAUGCAGUGUGUCAAAAGCUUGUGGGAAAUUCGGUAGUUGUAACACUAAAAAUCCUUUGAUGUGCAAAUGUUUACCUGGGUUCAAACCCGCCUCGCCGGAUAAGUGGAAAACUGAAGACUUUUCAAGUGGGUGUACCAGAAAGUCUCCCAUAUGCGAGGAGAAUUCUAGUAAAGACAUGUUCCUGAGCUUAAAGAUGAUGAAAGUGAGAAAGCCAGACUCUCAGAUUGACGCAGAUCCAAAUGAUAGUGAUCCUUGCAGAAAGGCUUGCCUUGAAAAAUGCCAAUGUCAAGCUUAUGCUGAAACUUAUAUCAAACAAGAAAGAGGUGAUACUGAUGCCCUAAAAUGCUUGAUUUGGACGGAAGACCUUACUGAUCUUCAGGAGGAGUAUGCCUUUGAUGCCCACAACCUCUCCGUUCGUGUGGCCAUUUCAGAUAUAAAACCAACAGUAAGGAAUUGUGAAACUUGUGGUUCAAGCAUGAUUCCUUAUCCUCUAAGCACUGGAUCAAAGUGUGGUGAUCCCAUGUACUUCAAUUUUGAGUGUAACAGUACCACAGGCCAGGUUCAGUUCAAGGUACCUGGUGGUGCCUACCGAGUAACUAGCAUUAACCCAGAGACAUUAAGAUUUGUAAUCCAACUGAAAGAAGCAGAUUGCAGUUCUCGAAGUUUAAUUCCGCCACUAGACCCACCUUUUCGCAUAACUGAUGCGUGCAAAGAGGUUGGAACUGACCAUUUUGGCUCUGAGAUGUCAUUGAAAAAUAGUAUUGAAGUAGAGAUCAGUUGGGAUCCACCAUCGGAGCCGGCGUGUACCUCAUCAGCAGAUUGCAAAGACUGGCCAAAUUCAAUCUGCGGAACGCGAGAUGGAAUGAGUAGGUGCUUUUGCAAUGAAAACUUCAAAUGGAAUAGCUCAAGUUUAAAUUGUACACAAGGUGUCAAACCUGCUGAUCAGAAGUCAUCGUGGUCAUCUCCAGUGGUUGUGGUAGGCAUAACAAUUGCUGUUGUUCUAGUUGCGGUUUUAGGCAUCAUUGGUUAUAUUGCUUAUUUGCGCAAAAGAACCAUCACCAAAAGGAAAGAGAACAGAGCAAAUCAAGUGCUUCACUUAUAUGAUAGUGAGAGUCGUGUGAAACACUUAAUAGACUCGGAGCAAUUCAAAGAAGAGGAUAAGAAAGGCAUUGAUGUACCGUUUUUCGACUUAGAAGACAUACUGGCUGCUACAAAUAACUUUUCAGAUGCAAAUAAGCUUGGACAAGGGGGUUUUGGGCCAGUUUACAAGGGCAAGUUUCCAGAGGGGCAAGAAAUUGCAGUUAAGAGACUCUCUAGAGCUUCAGGACAAGGCCUACAGGAAUUUAAGAAUGAGGUUGUUUUAAUUGCCAAACUUCAGCAUCGGAAUCUGGUUAGACUUUUGGGCUAUUGUGUUGAAGGUGAUGAGAAGAUUUUACUCUAUGAAUAUAUGCCCAACAAAAGCUUAGAUUCCUUCAUAUUUGAUCGAACCCUAUGCAUGUUACUGAACUGGGAGAAGCGGUUUGACAUCAUUAUGGGAAUUGCUAGAGGGCUGCUGUAUCUUCACCAAGAUUCAAGAUUGAAGAUUAUUCAUAGGGACUUGAAAACAAGCAACAUUCUACUUGAUGAUGAGAUGAAUCCCAAAAUUUCAGACUUUGGCUUGGCGAGGAUUUUUGACAGUAAGCAAGUAGAGGCAAGCACAAACAGAGUAGUUGGAACUUAUGGCUAUAUGUCUCCAGAGUAUGCAUUGGAUGGGUUUUUCUCAGAGAAGUCUGAUGUCUUUAGCUUUGGUGUUAUGGUGCUUGAGAUCAUCAGUGGGAAGAGGAACACUGGCUUUUAUCAGUCUGACCAAACACUGAGCCUUCUGGGUCAAGCAUGGAAGCUAUUGAAAGAAGACAAGGUGUUGGAGCUGAUGGACCAGACACUAUGCGAAACAUGCAACACAAAAGAAUUUUUGAGGUGUGUGAAUGUUGGGCUGUUGUGUGUGCAAGAAGACCCAAGUGACCGUCCCACCAUGGCAGUUGCAGUUGUAAUGCUCAGCAGUGACAUUGCAACAAUGCCGGUUCCUAAACAACCGGCUUUUGUCCUAAAAAGAGACCUUUCUAGGACAGCUUCUUCUUCUAGCAAACCUGAAGCAUCCUGGAACAGUGAAAUCCUAGCCACCAUAGAAGAAGAUACCAUCACACCAGACAAUUUGCUUAUUGAUGAUGGUAGAGGAACUCUUGUUUCAGCCAAUCAAACUUUUGAAUUGGGCUUCUUUAUUCCCAAGGGAGGGUUCAACAAUGGAAAAUACAUUGGCAUAUGGUACUACGGGUUGAAGGAGAGAACAGUUGUAUGGGUAGCCAAUAGAGACAACCCCCUUCCUGAAGACAGUGUUGGAGCUCUUGCCAUUGCAGAUGACGGUAACCUCAAGCUAGUGAAUGAAAGUGGAGCAGCUUACUGGUUUACUAAUCUUGGAAGCUCAUCUUCCAUGGGUAGGGUGGCCAAGGUCAUGGAUUCUGGGAACUUUGUUUUAAGGGACAACAGAUCUGGGAAGAUUCUUUGGGAGAGUUUCAAGAACCCAACUGAUACUUUUCUUCCUGGGAUGAUUAUGGAGGGAAACUUAACAUUGACUUCAUGGGUAAGCCCCGUUGACCCUGCACCUGGAAGCUAUACUUUCAAGCAAGAUGAUGAUAAAGAUCAGUAUAUCAUAUUUGAAGAUUCAAUUGUUAAAUAUUGGAGAAGUGAGGAAUCAGAAGGAAUGAGUUCUGCAGCAGCCGAGCUCUUAUCCAAUUUUGGCAAGACCCGAAAACCAACUGGGUCUCAAUUUGUCCGCAGUUCUUAUACACGGUUGGUGAUGAAUUUCACCGGGGAAAUAAGAUAUCUAGUUUGGGAUAAUUAUACGGAGGAGUGGUCUGCAUUCUGGUGGGCGCCGCAAGACCGAUGCAGUGUGUUGAAUGCUUGUGGGAAUUUCGGUUCUUGCAAUGUUAACAAUGCAUUUAUGUGCAAAUGUUUGCCUGGAUUCGAGCCUAACUCGCUGGAGAGAUGGACUAACGGAGAUUUUUCAGGUGGGUGUUCUAAAAAGACAACCCUCUGUGGGGACACAUUCUUGAUCUUGAAGAUGAUUAAAGUAAGAAAGUAUGACAUUGAGUUUUCGGGUAAGGAUGAAAGUGAAUGCCGAAGAGAGUGCCUUAAGACCUGUCGCUGUCAAGCUUAUGCUGGAGUUGGAACGAUACGAAGGGGCCGUGCUAGCACCCCUCCCAAGUGCUGGAUUUGGUCUGAAGAUCUCGGUAGUCUUCAGGAGUAUAACACAGAUGGCUAUAAUCUUUCUCUCCGUGUCGCCAAAUCAGAUAUAGAAUCAACAGUAAGAAAUUGUGAAACUUGUGGCACAAACUUGAUCCCCUAUCCACUAAGCACUGGACCAAACUGUGGUGAUCCCAUGUACUUCAGUUUCAGAUGUGACAAGGCCACAGACCAAGUCUGGUUCGCCUUACCUAAUGGCAGCUACCGAGUAACCAGCAUCACUCCAGAGAGAUCGAAGUUUCUCAUCCAAGUGAAUGAUAUUGAUAACUGCGAAGCACGAAAUUCACAAGACACGAAGAUACUGCAGCUCAAUCCACCUUUCAGGAUAGCUAGCUGGUGCAAUGCUGACACAGGAAAUUCUAGCUCCAGCAUGCCUAUGAAAGGUCAGUAUGAAAUUGAAAUAAGUUGGGAUCCACCACCAGAGCCGGUUUGUAACUCAGCAACAGACUGCAAGGACUGGCCAAAUUCGAGUUGCAGAACGCAAAAUAGAACGAGAAGGUGUUUUUGUAAUCAAAACUUCAAAUGGAACAGCUCCAGUUUAAAUUGUACACAAGAUGGUGGCAAUCUUGCGGAGGCUCCAACACCUGCAAACCAGAAGUCAUCAUCAUCAUCCUCUGCUCUGGUGGUUGUGGUAGGCAUAGUAACUGCUGUUGUAGUAGUUGCACUUCUAUGCAUCAUUGGUUGUAUUGCUUAUUUUCGAAAAAGAACCAUCUCCAAAGGGCAAGAAAACAGAACAAAUCCAGGGCUUCACUUGUAUCAUAGCGAGAGCCGUGUGAAAGACUUAAUAGACUCUGAGCAAUUCAAAGAAGAUGAUAAGAAAGGCAUUGACAUACCAUUUUUCGACUUAGAAGACAUACUGGCUGCUACAGAUCACUUUUCAGAUGCAAAUAAGCUUGGACAGGGGGGCUUUGGGCCAGUUUACAAAGGAAAGUUUCCUGAAGGGCGAGAAAUUGCAGUAAAGAGACUCUCAAGAGCUUCGGGACAAGGCUUACAGGAAUUUAAGAACGAGGUUGUGUUAAUUGCCAAACUUCAGCAUCGAAAUUUGGUUAGACUUUUGGGCUAUUGUAUUGAAGGAGAUGAGAAGAUUUUACUCUAUGAAUACAUGCCCAACAAAAGCUUAGACUCCUUCAUAUUUGAUCAAACUCUAUGCCUGUUACUGAACUGGGAGAAGCGAUUUGAUAUCAUUUUGGGAAUUGCUCGAGGGCUACUUUAUCUUCACCAAGAUUCAAGAUUGAAGAUUAUCCAUAGAGACUUGAAAACAAGCAACAUUCUACUUGAUGACGAGAUGAAUCCCAAAAUUUCAGACUUUGGCUUGGCAAGGAUUUUUGAGAGUAAGCAAGUAGAAGCAAGCACAAACAGAGUAGUUGGAACUUAUGGCUAUAUGUCUCCAGAGUAUGCAUUGGAUGGGUUUUUCUCAGAAAAGUCUGAUGUCUUUAGCUUUGGUGUUGUGGUACUUGAGAUCAUCAGUGGGAAGAGGAACACCAGAUCUUAUCAGUCUGACCUGAAUCUGAGCCUUCUAGCCCAUGCAUGGAAGCUGUGGAAGGAAGACAGGGUGUUGGAGUUGAUGGACCAGACACUAAGUCAAACAUGCAACACAAAUGAAUUUCUGAGGUGCGUGAAUGUUGGGCUGUUGUGUGUGCAAGAAGACCCAAGUGACCGUCCCACCAUGGCAGUUGCAGUUGUAAUGCUCAGCAGUGACACUGCCACACUCCCAGUUCCUAAACAACCAGCUUUUGUCGUAAGGAGAGACCUUUCCAGCUCAGCUUCGUCUUCAAGCAAACCAGAAGCAUCCUUGAAUAGUGAAAUCCUAGCCACCAUAGAAGAAGGUCGAUAGGCGAGGAGGAUCUCCCAUGAACCCUUACGUUUUAGGCCAUGUUCGGUACUUGAUAGUGGGGAAUGAAAAUCAAUGUUCUUAUUCCUCUUAUAAUAGGAGUGAAUUUGUGCUUCAAUUCCUAUAUUUGUAUGCACCUAGCAAUAUAAAUUUGGAAUAAGAAUUUUGUUUUUAUUUCAA